AUGGGUGCUGAGCCUGCCCAUGCUCCUGGCUUGACCACUGAGGACUACGAUGGCAAGCCCACCGAAGAAGAGCGCAAGACUCUUCGCCGUAUUCCUGGCUCUCUUCCCACAGUCGCUUACCUGAUUUGCGUUGUCGAAUUCUGUGAGCGUGCCUCUUACUAUGGAUGUCAGCCCCUGUUCAGCAACUUCGUCAACCGUCCUAUGCCUGUUGGUGGUAAUGGAUAUGGUGCACCUGCAGAGGGUACCCAGCAGACCGCUGGUGCUCUUGGCAUGGGUACUGUCAAGGCCAACGCUGUUUCUCAGUCAUUCUCCCUGCUCUGUUACGCCCUCCCCCUGGUCUUCGGUUACCUUGCCGAUGCAAAGACUGGCCGUUUCAAGCUCAUCUGCUGGGGUGUCUUGCUCUUCGGUAUUGCCCACGUUCUCCUGGUUGGCGCUUCUGCUCCUAGCCUUCUCGCCAAUGGCUCUGCCAAGACUCCCUUCUUCAUCUCCGUCUACCUCCUUGCUGUUGGUUCCGGUAUCUUCAAGCCCAACGUCUCUCCUCUCCUUCUCGACCAAAUGCCCGAAACUGUGCCCGUCGUGGUCUCCACCAAGAAGGGUGAGAGAGUCAUUGUCGACCCUGAGGCUUCUACCGAGCGUGCUAUGCUCUGGUUCUACCUCCUGAUCAACAUCGGAGGCUUUAUGGGGGUGGCGACUGCCUACUGCGAGAAGUAUGUUGGCUGGUGGUUGGCCUUCCUCAUUCCUCUCAUCCUCUAUAUCCCUCUUCCCCUCCUUCUCUGGUACCUUCGCAAGCGUCUCGUUCUCCACCCACCAGGCGGUUCCGACCUUCCCAACGUCUUCAAGGUUCUUACUAUCUGUUUCCGCGCUGGAGGCCUGAAGAGAAUUGGUCGCCACGGUUUCUGGGAGCCUGCCAAGCCUUCCGUGAUCGCCGCCAGAGGCCUUAGCUACCACACCUCUUGGGAUGACCAGUUCGUUGAGGACGUUCGCCGUACUUUCCAGGCUACUGGUAUCUUCUGUUUCUUCCCCAUCCAGUACCUCAACGACAACGGUAUCGGUUCCGCUGCCUCCUACCUGACCACCAUGCUCACCACCAACGGUGUCCCCAACGACGUUAUCAGCAACUUCAACUCCUUGUCCAUUAUCCUGAUGGCUCCCGUUUUGAACUACGGUCUUUACCCUCUUCUCCGCAGAUGGCACAUUCGUUACGGCCCCGUUGCCCGUAUGACCACCGGUCUUGCUCUCUCCACUCUUGGUGGCGUUGGCUACACUGUCCUCAACUCCUACGCCUACAAGCUCGGUCCUUGCGGCAAGUACGGUUCCAGCGAGACUUGCGUUGACGCCAACGGUGUUUCCCUCGUCGCUCCCAUCACCAUUUGGUGGGUCGCCAUCCCCUACGCCAUCGGUGGUAUUUCCGAACUCUUCAUCAACGUCCCCGCCUACGGUAUUGCUUACUCGCGUGCUCCUCCCAACAUGCGUGGUCUCGUCUCCGCCAUCAACCUCUUCUCCACCGCCAUUGCCUACCUCAUUGGUCUUGCCUGCUCGUCCGUCAUCAGAGACCCCUACCUCACCUGGGACUUCGGUGGCUGCGCCAUUGCCGGCGGUAUCCUUACCGUCGUCUUCUGGUUCCUGUUCAAGCACAUCGAUGACGAGGAGUACACUCUUUCCCAGCGCGAUGACCACCACGUCACCCAGCAGGGCCGUGACCCCACCAUGGAUGGCCACAACCCUCACAACCCCGUCAUUGGCACCGACCCUGCCGAGGUUCUCGAGUACGAGAAGAAGGGCGAGAAGGUUCCUCUCGCAUACUGA